AGAUUAACCAUUAAAUUUGAAAUUAUUUUCACAGCUACGGUGGUUAUUGUUGUUGUUGUUGUUGUCAUCGCGAUCGUGCUACUUCUUAUCGUUGCCAUGGUAGUUUUCUUUUUUCUCAGGAAACGAAGACAUCGGUAUGAGGUAUGUUGAAAAUUCUAAUAUUCACAUGGCCUUGGUAAACAAUGAAGGGUUGAAUGAGAAAAUGAAAACUUGAUUUAUACAGACGACUUUGCUUAAGCUUAUAUAGUCAAACAAAAUCAUUGUAUACUAGUGAUUAUGUACGGUGAAUGGAGGAUUUGCCACUAAUCUGAAAAUAAAAAAAAGAUUGAGAAGUUAAUGUGUUACACAUGGACCCAGGAGAUUGCCUUCGGUGAAAAACCGUUUGGGUUCGGUUUUGACAGAUUAAUCUUUCCUGGGGUUGAAUUUUCAGAUAAAUCGUUUAUUUUGCUUAAUUAACGGUAAGGGUUUGGGUGCAGGCGGUCGUGGUUCACAUAUAUGGCAAUUUAUUAAAGAGAGUGAGAUACUGAAAAAUACGCAGUGACAUAUUUACCAUAUCUUCACUAGUGAGGAUAUCGAUCACGUGACUUUUAGUAUUUAUACAUUUUUUUGCUUCAGACUAUAUAAUAAACAGAACAUUACACGUUGGCUUGAAGAUAUGACUUAUAUCUUCUCGUGUUAAAAACAAUAUUUUACUCAUUCGCUGCGCUCGUUCGUAAAAUAUUGUUUUCACCACACUCGAAGAUGAAAAGUCAUAUCUUCACGCCGCCGUCAGAGGAGUUUGGACACCUAAUUUGGCGAAUCUGGGCGAAUCUCUCGUCCAAUCAGAUUGCGCCAUUUUCCUCAUGAUCGCAUGAAGCUUUUGGCAUCGAAAAUUUACAUAGGGCUCAUAAAACGCUGAAGUUGUUCCUAUCCACAAGAGUGGUGAUCAUGAGAUCGCAAAUAAUAAUAGACCUAUAUCGUUAUUGCCAGUGCUAUCAAAGAUCUGCGAACGAGCAGCUUAUAAUCAGUUUUCGACCUACCUUCUCUUGAAUGAUCGUUUAUCGUCUAAACAAAGUGGAAACAAGCAUCUACACUCAACAGAAACCUCGGUAAUUCAGACUACAGACAUGAUCCUGAAUGCCAUUGACAAGAAACAGCUAACUGCGAUUGUAUUACUCGACAUGAGCAAAGCAUUCGAUAGCAUAGAUACCACGACUCUGAUUACUAAGUUAGAAGAUGUUGGCGCGUCUUGUCAGGCGAUUCAAUGGUUCCAAAGCUACCUAACAUCCAGGUAUCAAGUAGUAAGAAUACAAACAACCUUAUCCGAGCCUUUAGAGGUAAAGAGUGGAGUACCUCAGGGAAGUAUACUUGGGCCACUUCUGUUUAGUAUUUAUGUGAACGAUUUGCCAUCAGUUCCACAACAAUGCUCUCCCUAUUCCUAUGUCGAUGACACAAAACUCCUAAUGUCGUUUUCUCUGCAACACCAACAAAGAGCUGUCUCAGAAAUAAAUCAAGAUCUCUUGAGAACACGUAAUUGGUGUUUUGAUAACAAGUUACUGUUAAACCCAGAAAAAACUAAGGCCAUGAUAUGCGGUAGCAGACAGAUGAGAGCAAAACUUCCUAAUUUUCGCCUCUCACUUCUCGGUAAAGAAAUCAUUCCUGUAACAAGCGCCAAAGAUCUCGGCGUAAUCUUGGACUCUGGUAUGACGUUCGACAGCCAUGUACAAGCCACUAUCUCCUCAUGUAUGUCUCGUUUAGGUCAAAUAAACCGCGUGAAACAUUGCUUUGACAAACACACAUUAACAAUUAUUAUUAACUCUCUAGUUUUUUCAAAAUUAUAUUAUUGCUCUACAGUCUGGAGCAACACUUCUCAAACAAAUUUAAAUAAGGUAGAGGUAGUGCAGAACUUUGCAUGUCGAAUAGUUAGCGGAGUUGGCAAAUACGAUCAUGUCACACCAAUCCUGCAAGAACUAAAGUGGCUUCCUGUUCGACAGUAUUUAUAUUUUCGUGAUGCAGUCAUGGCAUUUAAAUGCAUGACAGGAAACGCACCUGCAUACCUAACUGAACAGUUUGUGAGACGAGGUGACAUUUCAUCUCGCGUUACUAGGAACUCGAGCAUGAUUGAAACUCCUUUACACAGAACAGCAACCGGGCAACGAUCUUUCAAAUUCAGAAUGGCCACAAUUUGGAAUUCCUUAAAACCAGAACUUAGGGCCUGCGAAACAACGAAAGACUUCAAACAUAUUUUAAAACAGAGACUUGUAGAAACAUUUAAAUUUAGGACCAAUCUUAAGAAAUUUUGAUGUAAAUAGCAUAUAUAUUUGUGUAGUACUACCAAGUGUGUGUGUGUGUGUGUGUGUGUGUGUUGUGACUGUGUGUUGUUAUGUGUGUCUCUCUAUCAUUACAGUGUAUAAAAAUUUAGAUCAAUUAUGUAAAAUUUCGCUGAAAAGCCUUUUAAGGGAUGUGAAAUUAAAAUACAAUAACAAUAAAUAUCGACUUUUUUCAUAUUGUUAUGCACUUUUUUUUUGAAAUUUCACGCGAUACUACUUUUACAACAGUGAAUCUACCCAUUGGAACGGUAUCUUGAAAGGUAAGCGUUAUUUUCCAGUUUAUUUUGACCUCCCCCUUUAGGCGUUAUGCUGUCGCGAUGUAAUUUAAUGGAGUUUCUGUCAACAAUCUUUGAAGACAAAAAUCUCAAAUUUACACGGUUGGAUUUCGCUAUUUUUUUCACGAUUAGUUAAACAAAAGUAUAAUCUUUAAUUCUAUCCAGCCGGCCCCCCUCGGUCCCGCAACCGUUUUCGAGAUAUUCACAGUUGAAUAUAGCCCUCUGUAAAAUAUGUUGCCUUGUCACUCAGAUCGAUAAUGAACUGCUAUUACUCGUUUUUUUCUAAAGAAGUGUGAUAUAUUAUAGAAGUUUCGAUAUAUUAUCGAUUGUAUGUAUUGCAGUUAAAGUGUUCAAAUAAUUAAAGCCCUUCCGUAACAAUAUUUUACAAGUGAAAUUUAUUGUUUGGCUUAUGUUAUAGAUUUGAGAUUCGUGAUUUUGGCUGGAUUCUAUUUUUGUCAAUGAUUUUGUCUGCAAGAAUUAAGCAUCAUCAUUAAAUUUGGAGGUAAAAUCGGUCCUUCCAAUCUGUACAGACCUUCUACAUCUGCAAGAUCUCCGAUGCUAUGAUUGUCUCUCCAUCGAGUGACCAAAACCUUGUUCACCUUUCUGGAUAUAUGUUAUUGGUAUGACUUCUGGAUUUUCAAAACUAACCCAGCGACAACCAGAAUAACUACUCAUCUACCUGUUUCAAAAAUGGCUGGUAAAAGUUAACCCUGGUUUAGGUGCUAAAUUUGUCCCUCAAAAUUUUCUCCCACUUGUUGCCAAGGCUAUGUCUGUACUUCAUGAUGGUCAAAAAGACAAUCCGAUUUAUCACACUGCUCGAUGCUUUAGAGAACAACGCCAUGGAGAUGUUGGUCUGAUGCCAUUGGAUAGAAUGCCCUUUGUAGGAGUGAAGGCCCACUUGGCCUUUUUUUAACAGUAUUUUGUAAUGAUGUUACACAACUAAUUCAGAUAAAGUUUGAGAAAUGGUGGUUCUUUCAAUGUUAAGCCUCAGAGAGGGAGUGGGGUCGGGCAUAUGUGUGGGGCAUUUGAUUUUUUGAUCAAAUUUUCAAUUAAAUGCCCCACUGUUAAGUAAUAAAUGUUGGUCAAACACCCCACCAUUUUGCAAUAAAUACUAUAUUAAUAAAAGUCAGUUUGGUUCAAAUUGCCCUAACUCAGGCCCAAAAUGCUAAUCAAAAUCCCCAGAGUGGGGAUGCAAUUGAUGAUCAAAUACCCCACAUAUGCCAACCCCCCUCUGGGGCUUGACAUUGAUAGGUGCAAUUAUAUGCAGGGUUUUUGUAUUCUCAUGUAAUGUACCACAAAGUAUCAGCAGCAUGUUAUUGUGGGACCUUUAAUCAAUAUGUAUAUAAAUGGACAUAUUUUUGUUUAUUGUUGCAUUAAUUUUAAUGAAAAAUAAAAAUUACUCACAAAGUUGGUCAAGUGAAUGUACAAACUGAUUAUUUCUUCAUUUAGUACAGCACAGUUACAAUUAUGUACUUGUCUUAAUUGCAUGAGUGUGCAUGACAGACUUUUUUAUUUUAAUUGUGCACACCCACUUAUGAUUAACCUAGUUUUUGUUUAGGAAAAUCUAAAAAGUUACCUAAAUGAAAUAAGAUCAUUUCUAUAACUUGCUAAACCUAGUCAGUUACAAUUAUAUCACAAACAUCUGUCAACAUACACUCUUCCUUACCACUUGAGUCUCCCACUCACCACAUCGCUUUAUGAAAUUUUUUUGAUAAAAUCCUAUUUUAAAAAAGUCAACCCUAUACUUGAUAUGCUGAACAUAGACCUCUAAGAUAUCUCCUGUGGCAAUUAGUCGGUGCAAAUGCUCGCAUAGUUGAGAAGCAAGAUAACCAAUGUGUGUCCAUCCAGUUCCAUAGUCUACAUCAAUUGCAAUUGGGUCCAUUGCAUUCAAUGGCUCUGCCCGUAUUCUUACAUUCACUGGUUUAUCUUGUCCAUGAAGGACAAGGUAUGCUGUUGAUGUUGGUAAUUUUUCUCAUGAGCAGCACCGAUGCACUUGAAUGGUACAGCAUGGGUGAUUUCGUCCUCGCCACUUUCAUCCUCAUCACUUAACUGGUCACCAGUUUCUGCCCUAUCACCUUCAUUACCAUAUCCAUGCUGACCAGGUUCAAGACCAGCCAACCGCUCAAGUAGAUCCCUUUCUACAAAAUCAUAACAAGAAAAUUUUUAUUUUAUUAUUUUGUACAUAAACUGUAAUUUCUAAAAUUAGAAAUCUAAUGCAAAAGUGUGUCACUAUUUACAGUAAUAUUUAUAAAACAACACACAAAUAUGGCAAUAUUUUACAGAUGAAAAUUGAAAAAUAUCUCUAUUGUAUGCACAUAUAUGUAAAGAUCUAUCCACAAUUAGAUACAAACAGGCAUCAUACUUCAGCAAAAAUUUAUUAAACAAUUGGUUUAACUCAAAGCAUGUACAUAUGUAUCACAGUGACACAGUACACAGACACACACAAUAGAGUCAAACUAGAGCCAUUUAUAAACACAAAUAUUACGCCAUAUUAAUUUUGUACAGUGUAUUUAUAAAAUUACAGUACAAGGUUAAAAACAACAAAACGGAUAAUAAUUUGACUAAAUAACAAGGUAACUGUAAUGCAUUGUAGUAUACCAACCUUAAAUAUUGCGCUUGUUUUCACGUUGAUGAUACACGGAGAUUUAACAUCAUCCAAGUUAGAAAGAAGAGCCUCGCUAUUGGGAAUAUAAACACAAUUCCUUCGCUCAGACGCAUUAUUUAUCAAGCUAAAAUGACAACAUGUCCCAUGCAAAUAUUUAAAAAAGGUAAACUUGGUAUAGUAAAACACAAGUCAUAAUGAUGAUCGCAACAAUACAGCAAUAACAUGCUGUUUCUUUUCACAAAAUAUCGCAGCCUGACACUCUUGUCGCUCGAAAGCUUCCAUAUUGGUUUAGUCAGAGAGAUGUUCACUCCUCGACAGUCAACAGUCAAUGAAGUCACGCGUGGAAUUAGGCGCUCAAUACCCAUGAUGCUUUGAGGCCUGCUGUCCAACCUACACUGCGCCGCCGUGUAAUAUUUUCUAUUUAUUACAUCAGAUUCUUCAUAAUAAGAUGUAUUUUAAAUUUGAAGACGUUUUAAGAUGUGAUGAUGGGUUUCUACAGGGUGCAAUAAAAAAAAACCGAACAGAUUUGAAAUUGCUCUCAAUUUCGCAAAAGCGCUCGUGAUAUCAGGUUUUUGUUACUUAUUGACUAAGCAGAGCGCAUGUGCAGCUUUCUAAAUUUAUCGCUGAUAAAUUUCAUGUGCAUGCAUGGGCGGUAGGGUAAUGCUUUCGCGCUCUCAGUUUAUAAUAUAUACAAAUUGUUUGUCAUUCAUCUAAAAAUUGCUGCUUGUGGUGACCGCAAAUCUCCUGUGUUAUAAGUAGAACUAAAAUAACGAUUUAUAACAUUUUUCGUUUCAGACUCGGCGAGCAGCAUAUGCUAACCGUUCAAAAGAGGGUCCCGUGACUAUGGAUUUGGCUACCAUGCCAUACAAGUCGACCAAUUAUGAUAAUUAUGGACAAACAGAUGAAGAGGCCAGUACCUCUCAAAAACUUUGAUAUUAUUACUUCGUUAUAGAUGGUAGAAAGACUCUAUUUAUCAUAAAAUUCUGUGAUUUAUCAUUAUAUCAGAAAGCUUCGUAUUAAUAAAGCUAGCUUAUUUCCAUGCACACAAAGAAAAUGUUUUGCAGAAAGAAAAUUGUGUGAAAUGUGAUUGGCCGACAAAAAUUUUCCGUCAGAAAAAAGUUUAAUUUUGAAAAUUUUCAACUGUCAACAAUAUUUUGUGAAAAUUUUCUGUCCGUUGAAAUUAAUUUUUUUUAGUAGAAACGAGUUACAAAGUUAUAAAGAUUCCGUUACCUGAAAAAUACAAGGAGAACUUUGCCGUUUCGAGCUAAGGUCUUCAUUAAAAAUGCAUGCCCUGCCUCGGUACGGUUAGAUAUUACGGGUAAAAUGUAUGCCCUGCUUCGGUACGGUUAGAUAUUACGGGUAAAAUGUAUGCCCUGCUUCGGUACGGUUAGAUAAUACGGGUAAAAUGUAUGCCCUGCUUCGGUACGGUUAGAUAUUACGGGUAAAAUGUAUGCCCUGCUUCGGUUCAGGUAGUUGUAUCCCUAUAUCAAUCCAACGCUUUGUGAUUUAUUGGCACUACACAGCGGGUGGAAGGAAAGGGCGAAACGUAGGCCUGAUGAAAAUGUUGUCAAAAGUGCAUUCCGCCCACUUUGCAUUUUGUAAUAAUUAACGGUGAUGAUUGAC